ACUGCAGCAGAAGUCCUUUCUUAUCCUCUGACUUUCGUUCUUUCCGAGUUUCGUCUCGUUCGCGUCAAACCACGUGAAAAGUAAUCUCAACGAUUUGCAAUGGAGAAACAAGCAAUUUUGGCUCGCGUGAUCAAAGUUCUGGGCCGCACCGGUUCCCAAGGUCAGUGUACCCAGGUGAAGGUUGAGUUCGUCAACGAGGAGAACCGACAGAUCAUCAGGAACGUGAAGGGCCCGGUGCGCGAUGGCGACCUCCUAACCCUUCUCGAGUCCGAGCGUGAAGCCAGAAGGUUGAGAUGAGCUUCCGGUCCUUACCUGUGCGCGCUGUUUAUUUUAUAGAUAAAUCAUUUUUUUCUAAUGGCUGUAAAUUAAAAUUCAAUUAACAAGCUACGUAAGCUAACGAUCUGAUUGUAUUUUGAAUGGAUCAUCGAAUGAAGAUAUGGAUAACGAUUAGUUUUCGUUGGAGUUUGAAUGUUCAGUUUAAUUUUCAUCAAAGAAUGAUUUGUGAGCAGUGCUGGUUAAUUUUGAAAUAAAGUUUCUGCUAAAUAAUCAC